AUGGCGGCAUACCACCAGCUACCAAAUGACUCCUGCUCAAAUAGCUCAGCUGCCGUUUUCACAGGCCUGGACCUCCUCUUUGAAUUGAAGCCCCUCUUCAUUCCUCUCUAUGCCAUCCUGGUGACUGUGGCCUGCACAGGGAAUUUCCUUCUCCUCCUCCUUAUCGGUUUCACCAAAAAGUUGCAUAGCACCACGAAUUUCCUCAUUGGAAACCUGGCAGCAGCUGAUCUGAUCAUGUGCAUUUUCUGUGUCCCGCUGACAGCCUCGUAUGCGUUUGAAAUUCGUGGGUGGCUCUUUGGGAUGUUCAUGUGCUACUUUGUCACUCUCAUGCAAGUGGCCACUGUAUUUGUCUCCGUCCUGUCCCUGACCGCUAUUGCGGUGGACCGGUACAUUGUAGUCGCUUACCCCAUUCGCAAAAGGAUACGGUGCAAGUCCUGCAUCUAUAUCGUGGCCUUCAUUUGGUUGCUGUCCAUUGUGGUCUCGGUACCCACAUCCAUCCACACCCAUUACCUGGAUCUCAACAGCAUUGGCCACAACAUGAUCAUCUGUGAAGAAUUCUGGAAACACCGUGAGACAGAGAGGCGGCUGUACUCUUGUUUGAUGCUCCUCUUGUCCUAUAUGCUCCCGCUUUCUGCCGUGUCUGUCGCCUACUGUGCCAUUUCUUAUCACCUCCGGAAGAGGAAUGUCCCAGGAGCGGCAUGCCACAACCAAGAGAGAUGGACUAAGAAAAAGCAAAAGACCUUCCGGAUCCUCGUGAUCUCAGUCAUGUGUUUUGCCCUUUGCUGGCUGCCUCUGCAGGUGGUUAAUCUGAUCAGAGAUAUCGAUGAGGAGUUUGCUAUCCUAGACAAGAGAUAUGUGAAUGUUAUUCAAGUGACCUGCCAUGUGAUUGCCAUGAGUUCUGCAUGCUUCAAUCCGUUCAUCUAUGCCUCCCUCCAUGACAAGUUUCGACUCCACAUUAGGCACUAUUUUUAUCACAGGAAGAGGUCGAGCAUUAUGUCCUGCAAGGCCUCCCGGUUUAAUACCUGCUCCACCUUGGCAGAUAACCCUGUGGGCCUUCCAGAAAAAAUAGCAAUGCAAGCAGGGCCCAAGCACCAUUUUUUGGGGCCCAGCACAAACCUGUGAAAUGGGCCUCCUCCCACACCUAUACCAUGAAUUGAUCCCACCCCAUACAUUCAGUUUCACGAGUCAUGAAAGAAAUGUUUCUGUUUUAAAUCUUAAAUAACUUUUUCCAUAUUUCUGAAAUUACAUCAAGGCUUAAA